CUCGUCAGAUCGGUCAAACUCUCGACUCCCCCGUGUGGACUCCCGAGUCCCCCGGAUCGACGCCGUCAACAACGACAAUGGCGCCGUCGUCGCACCGCGGCGGCCAGCCCCUCGACCUCGACGCCGCGCCCGCCGCUCCCGCGCUCGACGACGACGGCCGCGUCGCCCGCACGGGGAACCUCUGGACGUGCGUGGCGCACAUCAUCACCGGCGUGAUCGGGGCCGGCGUGCUCGCGCUCUCCUGGAGCGUCGCGCAGCUCGGCUGGGUGGCCGGCCCCGUCGCCAUGGUCUGCUUCGCCGCCGUCACCUACGUCUCCGCCGUCCUGCUCUCCCACUGCUACCGCUCCCCCGCCGCCCCCGGUGGCCCGGACUUGCCGUCGUCCGAGGGGGACAAGACGCGGCGGAACUACACCUACAUGGGCGCCGUCCGGGCGCUCCUCGGCCGGAAGCACACCUACGUCUGCGGCUCGCUCCAGUACCUCUACCUCUACGGGAUCGGCGUCGCCUACACCAUCACCACCGCCACCUGCCUCGGCGCGAUCAAGAAGGCCAACUGCUACCACGACCACGGCCGCGGCGCCGCCCGCUGCACCUCGGACGACCGCGAGCAGCACCUCUUCAUGCUGCUCUUCGGCGUCGCGCAGCUGGUGCUCUCCUUCAUCCCCAACUUCCACAGCAUGGCCUGGCUCUCCGUCGUGGCCGCCGUCAUGUCCUUCACCUACUCCGGCAUCGGCCUCGGCCUGGGCCUCUCCAAGACAAUAGGCGACGGCGUGAUCCGAGGCAGCGUCGCCGGCGUCCCGAUGCACACCCCGAUGCAGAAAAUGUGGCGGGUGUCCCAGGCCAUCGGCGACAUCGCGUUCGCCUACCCGUACUCCAUCGUGCUCCUGGAGAUACAGGACACGCUGCGGUCGUCGCCGCCGGAGGGGGACACCCUGAGGAAGGGGAACGUGAUCGCGAUGCUCGCCACCACCUUCUUCUACCUCUGCGUGGGCUGCUUCGGCUACGCCGCCUUCGGCGACGCGGCGCCGGGGAACCUGCUCACCGGCUUCGGCUUCUACGAGCCCUACUGGCUCGUGGACUUCGCCAACGCCUGCAUCGUGCUCCACAUCCUCGGCGGCUACCAGUUCUUCAGCCAGCAGAUCUUCACCGUCUGGGACCGCUGGCUGGAGGCGCGGUUCCCGGAGAGCGCCUUCGUGUGCCGGACCUACGCCGUGAGGCUCGUGCCGGGCCUGCCCCGCUACGGGCUGAACCUGCAGCGGGUCUGCUUCCGGACGGCGUACGUGGCCAGCACCACCGCGCUGGCCGUCGUGUUCCCCUACUUCAACGAGGUGCUGGGCCUCCUCGGCGCGCUCAUCUUCUGGCCGCUCAUCAUCUACCUCCCCGUCGAGAUGUACUGCGUGCAGCGCCGGGUCCGGGCAUGGACGCCGACGUGGGUCGCGCUGCAGGCGUUCAACGUCGCAUGCUUCGCCGUCGGGACCUUCGCCUUCGUCGGCUGCGUCCAGGGCGUCGUCCAAAAGAGGCUCGCCUCCUAGGCCAGACCGUCCAUUGUUGUUGUUGUACAUGUCAUCCAGUAGCUAGCACUUUACAAACUGCCCAGUUGUACGAAAUUUGUUGUACAUAUCUUCCUGCUAGCC